CCGUCAGCUGCCUUCCCGGGCGUCUCCCCGCAACCUCUUCAACUUCUUGUCAGUGACGCGGCGCCCGGGAGAAAUCCGAGGGGAUUGGGGUCGAGGAAGCGUGAGCUGCCGAAGAUGGAUGCCCAGAGUUCAGCCAAAGUCAAUGCAAGGAAGAGGAGGAAGGAGGCACCUGGACCCAAUGGGGCAACAGAGGAAGAUGGAAUUCCUUCAAAAGUGCAACGCUGUGCAGUUGGCUUACGGCAACCAGCUCCUUUUUCUGAUGAAAUUGAAGUUGACCUUAGUAAACCAUAUGUCAGGGUGACUAUGGAAGAAGCCAGGAGAGGGACUCCUUGUGAGCGGCCUGUGAGAGUUUAUGCAGAUGGAAUAUUUGACUUAUUUCACUCUGGUCAUGCCCGGGCUCUGAUGCAAGCAAAGAACCUUUUCCCCAAUACAUAUCUCAUUGUGGGAGUCUGCAGUGAUGAGCUAACUCACAACUUCAAAGGCUUCACGGUGAUGAAUGAAAAUGAGCGCUAUGAUGCAGUGCAGCACUGCCGCUAUGUGGAUGAGGUGGUGAGGAAUGCCCCCUGGACCCUGACACCUGAGUUCCUGGCAGAACACCAGAUUGAUUUUGUAGCCCAUGAUGAUAUCCCUUAUUCUUCUGCUGGGAGUGAUGAUGUUUAUAAGCACAUCAAAGAAGCAGGCAUGUUUGCUCCAACACAGAGGACAGAAGGUAUCUCCACAUCAGACAUCAUCACCCGAAUUGUCCGGGACUAUGAUGUGUAUGCAAGACGGAACCUACAGAGGGGUUACACAGCAAAGGAGCUCAAUGUCAGCUUUAUCAAUGAGAAGAAAUACCACUUGCAGGAGCGAGUUGACAAGGUGAAGAAGAAAGUGAAAGAUGUGGAGGAAAAGUCGAAAGAAUUUGUUCAGAAGGUGGAGGAAAAAAGCAUUGACCUCAUUCAGAAAUGGGAAGAGAAGUCCCGAGAAUUCAUUGGAAGUUUCCUGGAAAUGUUUGGUCCAGAAGGAGCACUAAAACAUAUGCUGAAAGAGGGAAAAGGUCGGAUGCUGCAGGCCAUCAGUCCAAAGCAGAGUCCCAGCAGCAGCCCUACUCGGGAACGCUCCCCCUCCCCCUCCUUCCGAUGGCCCUUCUCUGGCAAGACUUCUCCACCUUCCUCCCCAGCAAAUCUCUCCAGGCACAAGGCUGCAGCUUAUGAUAUCAGUGAGGAUGAAGAAGACUAAUUUUUCAUCCCUCCUUUCCUGUCCCCUCCCUCUGUCUCAUCACCUUCAGAAGCUCUCUGUUGAAUUUCAAAUUGUGAUCCCAACACUAAACUUAAGAACAGCUACAAAGGAAAGGCAAUUGGAGCAAGAGGACCUAGAAAUGGGGGAACAAAAAUAGUCUGUCCUCCAAGAGACAUCAAUCACCCACACCAAGAACAAGGCCGACUAUAUCUUAGAGGCCUAUUCUGCAUCCAUCUACCCUUCCCAAGGUCUUUGUUUUACUGUUAUGUUGAUGUGAUCUUGACAGGGAAAUUGUCAUUUUUAUUUUUAAAAAAUUAGUCUUUCAAAUAUAGUAUAUAGAACUAAUUUUUUUGCCCCUGAGGAGUGGGCAGAAGAAGGAAGUGGUGUAAUAUGCAGAGGCCUUUUCUUGAUACAGUGAAGCAUUUGCCUUUUGUUCUAAAGCAAAGUGGCUUACCAAGUCAUUCAGUUGAUGAGCCAUGCUGGUGGGUAAUUUGGGGGGAAAUAUAAUUUUGAUUUCCUUUUAAAAAGCUAAAAGCUGAUUACAGUCACAAAUCCCCUAGAUAUACUGCUGGCACAUGUGUCAGUGUGGCUGUGGGAAGGAGAUCUGAGCCUAACUUUUCUUACUCCCUGAGGAGUUUCUUAUUGGACCCAAUGGGGUCCAUGAAGACACUGAUGGGGAUGGAACCAGACCUUGAGGCAUCAACUGCAGUUUUUCUGCUGUGUUCAUCUUCUCAGAAAAAUUCUGUUGUCCAGUUAUUUGGGAGCUUUUGUCACUCUCUUUCCCAUAAUCUGCCUUUAAAGGAAGGAACAUUUUUAGGGUUCCUGUGUUGAAGAGAGGAGUGGGACAAUACUCAACCCUAUGUGAAGUCUGUUUAGAUUCAUUUCCUGCUGGGAGUAAUUCCCUGGCUCUGCCACUCCUAUUUCAGUGCUAUUACCUAACUUUUUACAAAAAAUAGUUUGUAAAUAUCUACAGUUUGUACUUGAUGUUAAUCCAUGUUGCUCAUAGCCAUAUUGAAGUUAGAGAGAUUGCACAGAACCCAGAGGCAAAAGCAUAAGGAAACACCUUCUUUUCUAAAGCAACAGCCUUGCCUUGACCUCUACCCCUCUUAAGAAUGUUCUUAACUGGAACCAGUGUCCCAUGGAGUGUUUCUUUUCCUCUGAAAACUACAACUGGCAUGGACUUCCCUCCACCGAUCCUACAAAGCACCGGCUCACAUGACAAGAAUAUGCCUCUUCAGUUCUACCUACUGUAUGCCUGGAUAUUAACGUUUGAGAAACUUCUGCUUAAAUUAAAUACGAAUGCAUGUGAAAUCACUCUGUUAACUACAAAGAACAGAGAACAAAGAACCCAAUGAGGAGACAGAAUGGAGAGAGAAGGAAAACAAGAUUGUAUUUAUAAGUCAUUACAUUUGGUAGAAAAGUCAUCUUGGGCUUAGAGAAUGCAAAGCAUAGGUGGACAAACUUGCCUUUGAAAGAAUUUUCAGAAGUGUGAAGAUGAAGAGGCGGUGUGAUGAGAAGGAAUGUGGCUGUAAAUUCUAGUCCCAUCGUUUAUGUGCCUUUGAUUAAGCCUCAGAACAUCUCUAGUCUCUGUUUCCUCCCUUGUAAAAUGGAAAUAAUAAUGACUCCUAGAUUAUUGUGAGAAUUUAAAUGUAAUACAUGAAAAGUGCCUAGUAUAUGGUGUAGGUAGUGAAUAGUUGCAGUUAUGAUAAUGCUGCUGAUGGUUGAUGGAUUAUAGAAUUUUAAGAACUAAUAGGUAGAAAAGUAAAGGAAAAGGCAAGGGUAGAAGAAUUUACGAAGAUUUGAUAACAAACACAUUAUAGGUUGAAUUAUGGCCCCCAAAUAUGUUUAAGUCCUGACCCCCACUACUUCAGAAUGUGACCAUAUUUAGAAACAUGUUGUAGAUAUAACUAGUUAAGGUUAUAAUGGAAUAGUGUGGGCCCUUAAUCCAACAUGGCUGGGGUCAUAAAAAUAGGAGAAGUGACACAGAGACACGGACACCCUGAAGAGAGAACAUUAUGUAACAAUGGAAGCAGAAACUGGACUGAUGCCAAUGCUGGCUAAGGAAUGCCAAGAAUUCCUGGCAAACACCAGUAACUAGGAAGAGGCAAGGAAGGAAAUUCCUCUUUAGGUUUCAGAAGGAGCGUGGCCCUGCUGACACCUUGAUUUUGGACUUUCAGCCUCCAGAACCGUGAGACAAUAAAUUUCUGUUGCUUUAA